AUGUAUAAAGUAGGCGGAACUAACAAACAUACAUUGAAAUACAUAUUGAAAAUAACAGUGUACAAUACCGGAGCUGGAAUUUCUAUAAUUUCCAAAGAAACAUUUGAUGAUAACUUCAAUAACAUUUCACUUAAACCAUGCAGUACACUCCUGCAUACAUACACUGGGGACUCGAUCAAAGUUCGUGGACAGUUUAAUGCAAGUGUGAACUAUAAUGGUCAACGUAUGAGUUUACCGUUAGUCGUAGUUGAUGGGUCGGGGCCCUCCCUUUUUGGACGAGAUUGGUUAGCCAAAAUAAAAGUGGAUUGGAAAAGAAUUUUCAAUGUCAGUGUACCAACGAUUCCAAAGUUAUCUGCAGCUGUAACGAAUCGCUUGCAUGCUACAAUUCAGUCAUACUCAGAGGUGUUUAAGCAAGGUUUGAGGACAAUUAAGGGGAUCAAUGCGAAGUUGGAGGUCACGAAUGACGCUUAUCCCAAGUUCUGUAAGGCCCGCCCUGUUUCUUAAGCCCUAAAGUCAGCGGUCGAUGAGGAAUAUGAUCGUUUGGAACGGGAGGGUAUUAUAGAGAAAGAAGAAUUUAGUGAGUGGGCCACUCCGAUGGUUCACAUCCCCAAGGCUGAUAACACUACUCGAUCAUGUGGUGAUUAUGCGGUGACUGUUAACCCACAGCUCCAAGUUCCCCACUACCAAAUUCCACUACCUGAGGAUGUUUUCCAGAAGCUUCGGGGAGGAAAGCUAUUUUCUAAACUGGAUAUGAAGAAUGCGUACCAGCAGCUACUUCUUCAUGACGAGAGUCAACAAUACAUGACUAUCCACACUCACCGAGGACUUUAUCGCUAUAAAAGACUUCCUUUUGGUAUUGCAGCUUCGCCAGCAAUAUUCCAGCAUGUGUGGAUGUUAUUUUACAAGGCAUCGACAAUGUAG